AUGGACAAUGUUAUACACUCUCCAUUGGACAAUAAGAGGAUUUACACCAAAGACAAUUUCUACAUAAAUGCAAUUCGUCCGAAAGAGAAAGAAGCAAUUCUUUACGAGUCUAUGUUGAUUGAUGGUAAAGGAUCGAUCAACGAUAUCGAUGCAUUCUUCGUAACUGCUCCUCCAGCCAGAACAACUCUCGCACCCAAAAGAAUCGGAGAUAACGAGCUUCCAGAUUUCGUUCAAGUGUCCGAAGGAAGUGUGAAAGAAGAUGAGCAAAUGGUAAAGGAGAGACCGCAGAGAAACGAUUUGAAGCUUGUGAGACUUCCACCACAACCAACUAGUACUGUCGCUCCUUUCAAGCAUAACAGUCCCGUCCGUCGCCAACUCAUCGACUCUCCUCCACACCCACCACCUCUUCCACAACUUCUUCAACCAUCUCCUGUCCGUUUCCCAGCUCAACCGUGGCAAAUCCCACCUCUUCAUUCUCAACAACAAUCAACUCCGAAUCCCCUUACUCAAUUCUUCCAACCAAUUCAACAACCUCCUUCUCUAAUCCCUCCAAAUCCAUUCUUCCCACAACAAACACCUCCGCCAGCCUGGACUCCACCACCACUACUCCAACCAAACCCAAUUCCUCAACCACCGACAAGAAAUGAUACGUUCGAUCCAUACAUUCCUAUUCCUGUCGGUCAACCUCCAUACCAAUUCCAACAGAAUAUUCAGCAGGCCCCACCAGCUUUGGAGUCACAUAGACAACCACUCCGCCCACAUGGAUUUGCUCGUACCUUCGGACAACAGCCGAUUCCGUUGCCAUCAUCAGCAGCUAUCGAUACUGCUUUCAAUCAAGCCAAGGAACGAGAAUUCAGCAUUUUCCCUCCCAACCAAAUACAGAAAAAGCCGACUCCUCCUAUUGAUUAUUCCGUGGAUAGUGUUGCGGUGGUGACCAAAGAUCAGAGACCACCUCCAUUCGUCAGAUCUAUACCAGAGAAGACGUCAGAACAACUUCGAAACUUUGUGAAAGUUCAUCCUCACGUUAUGAAUAAUCUUCAAAAGCCACUGAUCUAUCGUGGAAAGGAAAUGGUUAUUCCGAAAAUGUUCAAUUUCACGAACAUCCCUCCAUCUGCCCCUCCAUCUCCUCGUUUCCCUCAACAACCACCUCCACCUCAACCACCUCAACCAACUACUCCACAAUUCCCUCCACAACCUGUUUCUGUAUUGGCUCCACAGCCAACUCAACAAUCUACAUACGUUCCAUUGAUGAAUCCAAAUCAGAAAUUGGAUCUUUGUUGUCGGAAACAAAGAAUCGGACCGCUGUGUCAGAACUUGUGUAAUUACGACACGUUCAAUGAUAAAACACUAGUAGCUGCAUUCUUGACCAAUCAAUGUCCUGGACCUCAACUGGGUCAAGCCUACGACUGUGCAUCAUCGAAAGCAGAUCACUCUCCUUGCUGUGAACGUGCUGGUCUCGUCUCAUUCCAAGGUGGAAAAUCUGUCGUCUCAAAAUCGUCUCUCGAUUGUGAUUUUUCUGAAGAUUGUUGUUGGGCGACGACACGAGAAGAAGAGCAAUGGGAGAUUCAAAGUGCUGAUGAAUUGGAUUUAAAUGAAUUCAGAAAGAUAUUUUUGACUGGAAAAAGUCGUCCGCCUCCAUCUGGAAAUUAUGCGAUUCGAGUUGAGAACAAGAAGAAAUCUUCAUUGAUCUCAUGCGCAGUUUGCAGUUCAACCGGACAGACAACCGUAAAGUUUAGACAUUGGCAAAGUGCGAAUGCAAUGCUGAAAAUAUGUUGGCAACUAGCUGGAGAUGGAAGUCCAACGACUGAGAACUGUCAAGUUGCCCGCCAUUCAAAACAGAGCAAGCUAAACACUUACAAAUUUCGAGACAUUGACAAGAACAAGAAUUUCCGUUUGGUGUUUAUUGUGGAAAAUGCGGAUGCUGAAAUGGAUUCGGGAACUGAAGCAACCAUUAUCGUUGACCGAAUUUCCGUUGACUAUGAUUCAUGUGAUCAUGCGCCGACUCAUGAAGUUGAGGGAAAUGUGACGAAAAAGAAAACGAGACAUAGUAAAACAAGACAAAAGGCUCGUUCGAGUGUCACAUUGGAGAAAUUAGCUCAGAAAGAUCAGAAAAUGAAGGAGAAUUUGAAGAAGCAAGAGGACAAGCAGGCUUAUCUCAAGAACGUCGAUCAACAAAUCGCAAAAGUUGUUGACGAAGUGAAUGCCAAACAAGCCGCUGCAGCAGCCGCAUCAUCUUCUGCUAAAACUAUUGUUCCAGCCUCACCAAAAACUCCAGUUGAUCCGUUAACGGACCUUUUGGGAAGCGAAUUCGUUGAUUUUUUGGAUCCAAACUACGAAUCGAAUGAUGAAGAAGAGAAUGAUGAAAGCGACUUCGAUACGAAGGAUUCAAAGACUGCCUCCACUACAGCAUCUGCUCCAAAAUCGUCGACACAAACUCCUCUGAAAUCUGGAACUGUAGGAAAACCACCAGUGAAGAGAGUAGAAACAUCAAAGAAAUCUAUUGACACUAAUGGACAAAUUAUUCACAAAACAUUGAAACCCGUCGAGCAUCUUCCUAUCCGUCCAAUUGUAUCAACCGAAAGCGUUGUGAAGUUCUUGCCAAAAGGAAAACCAAUGCAAGUGACACCUCAAAAUGGAGUAUUUAGUCUUCCUUCUCAACAAAACCAACAGAUCCCACUUGGAAUUCCAUCUACUUGUUCAACAGCCGGAGGUUGUCUCUUUGAGAAAGAUUUCUGUGGAUGGACAACUCCAGCAGGCAUCACUAAUAAGUUCCAUUUGAAGAAAGUUCACGUUUCGAGUUUUGCUGAAGCGACAGUCCCAAUUGGAGAGAUUUCUGUGAUGGAAGCUGAAACUAAAAUGACUCAAGCUCAUACGAUAAUCUUUGACGCACUGGAAUUUGCAAUGGGAACCCGAUUGAUUGGAUGCUGUUUAGCUGAUGGUCAAUUAACUUGCCCAUUUUCAACACCUUCUGAACAAACUGGAGUUAUUUGGACUUUUUCUAAAUUUGAGUGUCCUAUCAACACUUCUAAGAUUGCAUUCAUUUGUGAAAACUUUGGACUUGCUGAAAGCAUAUGUGCAGUUGAUAACAUUCGAAUUCAUACUUCAACCGAUGUGUUCUUUUUGGAAGCAUGUCAAAAGGAUAAAUUACAUAGGAGCUGA